AUUUGGUCUAUUUUUUUGUUUAUAUUUUCAGUUUUAUUUUUUUUGUUAGGAUUAUUAUUAUUAUUAAAUGAAUAUAGAUUAUUAUUUGAGUGAGUAUUAUUUAAUUUUAAUUCUGUUAAUUUUGUUUAUAUUAUUUACUUAGAUCAAGUUUGUGCAUUUUUUUUAUCUGUUGUAAUAUUAAUUUCUUCAAUAGUUAUUUUAUAUAGAAAUUUUUAUAUAGGUGAUUAUAAUUAUGGGUCAGUUCGAUUUUUAUUAUUAGUACUAACUUUUGUGUUUAGAAUAUUUCUGAUAAUUAUUAGACCUAAUCUUAUUAGUAUUCUAUUAGGUUGAGAUGGUUUAGGGUUAAUUUCUUAUUGUUUGGUAAUUUAUUAUAAUUCUUUAAAGAGUUAUCUAGCUGGGAUAAUUACUUGUCUUAUUAAUCGUUUAGGUGAUAUUGGUUUGUUAAUUUCAAUUAGUUGAAUAUUUAGUUAUGGUAGAUGAAGAUUUAUAUUUUAUAUUAAUGUGAUUGAUUCUUAUUUAUAUUAUUUAAUUAUUUUGUCAUCUUUUACUAAAAGAGCUCAAAUUCCAUUUUCUAGUUGAUUGCCAGCUGCUAUAGCUGCCCCUACACCAGUUUCAUCCUUAGUUCAUUCAUCUACUUUAGUGACUGCUGGUGUAUAUUUAUUAAUUCGUUUUUUUAGUAAAUAUUUGGUUAAUAAUAUUUAUAUUAUUUUUAUUAGUUUGCUAACUAUAAUUAUAUCUUCUGUUUGUGCCAGUUAUGAAUUUGAUUUAAAAAAAAUCAUUGCAUUAUCUACUUUAAGACAAUUAGGUUUAAUGAUAGUUACUUUAUUUAUAGGUUUAUUUGAAUUAUCUUUUUUUCAUUUACUAACUCAUGCUAUAUUUAAAUCUUUAUUAUUUUUGUGCUCAGGUAUUAUUAUUCAUUUGAUAGGUAAUUGUCAAGAUAUUCGUUUUAUAGGUAGAAUUUGUUUUUGUAUGCCUAUUACAUGCAGAUGUUUCAAUUUAGCUAAUAUAGCAUUAUGUGGGUUCCCAUUUUUAUCGGGGUUUUAUUCAAAGGAUUUAAUUGUAGAAAAUUUAUCUUUUAAUGGCUUAAAUAUUAUUGUAUGAAUUUUAUUUUAUUUAAGUUUGGGUUUAACAGUAUUUUAUAGACUUCGUUUAUUUUAUUAUACGAUUAUUACUAAAUUUAAUUAUUUGAGUUUUUCGGAUAUUAGAGAAAAUAUUAAUAUAAUGAAAUAUAGAGUUAUAUUUCUGUGUUUAUUUUCUAUUAUAUUUGGCUGUGGGUAUAUAUGAAUUCUUAAUUUAGAUUUAAGUUUUUUAUUAUUACCAUUUUAUUUAAAAUUAUUAACUUUAGUCAUAGUAUUUAUAGGUUUAUAUUUAGGGUUUGAAUUAACUACUGCUAAAUUUCUAUAUAAAUUGCCUAUAAUAUUUUACAUUAUAAAUGGCUCUAUAUGAUUUAUAUAUAGUUAUUCUCAUAUACUCUAUAUUUCUAAUUAUUAUUUUAGAAGGGGUAUAAUAUUAAAUUUAUAUUGAGGUGAAUUUUUUGGGGGUUUAGGAAUUUCUUAUAUCUUUUUAAAAUUCUCUAAUUUUAUUCAAUUAUAUCAUUUAAAUUCAUAUAAAAUUUUUACUAUUAGUAUAUUAAUUUGGUUAAUUAUUAUAAUUU